AUGAACUGCCCCUCGCGAACCGACGAUACCCUCGACAACCCAAGCUGGAACCAAAACCCACCUCCCUUUAGCCCAGACACGACGACCCGUAACGACUUCAACGGUCUUGCAAACGCACGAGUCCAUCGCAAACAUGCCGCUGGGACGGGGAGCGCCGCCGGCGACGAUACCAUGGCCAUCGAUCCGCGACCGCAGAGUUUGGAAAAUCAGGAUCCUGCAAUAGAGAAACGGCCGGACGGCGAAGUGACCGUAGCGGCCUCGGGGUGCGAACCACCCUCGAGGACCUGCGGAUCACCUCGCCGUCCUUUCUCUAAUUUUUCAUUCUCUGACUCUGCGCGGCAUUGUGUCCGCACUCUGGUCAAAUUCGGCCGCUUCAUCGGCCCCGGAUUCCUCAUUGCGGUCGCCUAUAUCGACCCGGGAAACUAUGCCACAGAUGUCGGCGCCGGCGCACAAUUCAAAUACGCUCUACUGUUCGUCGUUCUCUUGUCCAACCUCUUUGCGGUCCUUUUACAAUCUCUGUGUAUUAAGCUGGGUUCGGUGACGGGCCUCAAUCUGGCGGAGAAUUGUCGCGAGCACCUCCCCCGAUGGCUGGUCAUUAUACUAUACAUUAUGGCCGAGGGGGCGAUCAUUGCCACCGAUAUUGCAGAGGUGGUCGGUUCUGCGAUUGCGCUGAACUUGCUUCUGCACAUUCCACUCGUCGCGGGGUGUGCAAUCACCCUCGUGGAUGUCUUCUUCCUAUUGCUGUUCUGGCGACCAAAUGGGUCCAUGCUGGGCUUGCGCCUGUUUGAGUUCUUCGUGAUGGCUUUGGUACUUGGUGUGGUGAUUUGCUUUUGCAUUCAGCUAUCCCUCAUCAAGAAUCAAUCCGUGGGGGAAGUUUUUAGGGGUUACCUCCCGUCGUCUGCUAUUGUGCAAUCGGAAGGUCUUUACCAAAGUUGCGGUAUUCUUGGCGCCACGGUCAUGCCGCAUUCCCUUUUCUUGGGCAGUGGAGUGGUUCAAUCUCGACUGAAGGACUUUGAUGUCACUGCAGGAUAUGUUGAGUCUACCGUGCCAUUGGGCAGCACUGGCGGUCAAGUUGAGUACCGACCAACCCUCCAUGCCAUUCGCGGUUGCAUGAAAUACUCCAUCAUCGAAUUGGCCCUGUCCCUAUUCACUUUUGCAUUGUUUGUCAACAGUGCGAUUCUCAUCGUUGCGGGCGCCUCCCUCUACGAUGUCCCGGGUGGAAGUGAUGCCGACCUGUUCGGUAUCCACGACCUCCUUUCCACCUCCAUAUCUCCAGCUGCCGGGCUAGUCUUUGCGUUGGCUCUACUCCUCUCCGGCAUUUCAGCCGGCAUUGUCUGUACUAUGGCCGGCCAGAUGGUCAGUGAAGGCAUGCUUAACUGGAGCAUCCAGCCCUGGUUGCGAAGACUUAUUACCCGGUGCAUCAGCAUCAUCCCCAGUAUCAUCAUUGCGGCAGCGGUUGGUAAGGAAGGCCUUGACAAGACCUUAACCGCCAGCCAGGUUUGCCUCAGCGUUAUCCUGCCAUUCGUCUCCGCUCCGCUCAUCUGGUUCACAUGUUUCAGUAAAUACAUGACCGUCGCAACUGAGCAGACAGCUGAAGGCGAAGGUGAUGUCCGGGUUGAGCAAGUGUCCAUGCGCAAUUCUUGGUUUACCUCUCUGGUUGCUGGGCUCGUGUGGCUUCUUAUUGCCGUAAUGAAUGUGGCCUUGCUAGUGCUUGUCGGCAUGGGCAAGGCCUAG